AUGAAGAGCACGCCGCUUAUCAUCAAUUGGCACGACCAGAAUGCCCCCGUCUACUCGGCCCAUUUCGAGCCCCACGGCAAAGGCCGUCUGGCCACGGCCGGAGGAGACAACAACGUGAGACUCUGGAAGGUCGAGAGCGAUGGCGAGGAUCGAAAGGUCGAGUACCUGUCCACCCUGACCAAGCACACCCAAGCAGUCAACGUCGUCCGCUGGGCGCCCAAAGGUGAGAUCCUUGCUUCCGCCGGCGACGAUGGGAAUGUCAUCAUCUGGGUCAUGUCCGAGCACAGCGGCCCUGCCUUUGGCAACGAGGGCCUCGAGGACAAGGAGACCUGGCGCACGAAGCACAUGUGUCGGUCUAGCGGAUCCGAGAUAUACGACCUGGCCUGGUCUCCUGACAGCUCCUACUUCAUCAUCGGAAGCAUGGACAACAUUGCUCGAAUCUACAAUGCCAGCUCUGGCACUCUGGUACGCCAGAUCGCCGAGCAUAGCCAUUACGUCCAGGGAGUCGCGUGGGAUCCUCUGAACGAGUACAUUGCGACCCAGUCGUCCGAUCGAUCGGUGCAUAUAUACUCGCUCAAGACCAAGGACGGUCAGCAUACCCUCAGCGGCAACCACGACGACAAGCCCUCCAAGAUCGCAAGCCACAACAAGAGCGACCUGCCUCCCCGCCGCAUAUCCUCGAGCAGCCCUGCGCCUCCGGACUUCAGCAUGCGGACCCAUCUUACCGUGGAACAGGCCGUGGGAUCCCCCGUGCCGUCCGCUCCCGGUACUCCCACUUCGAUUGCGCUGCCGAUGAACCCGCCAAGCGCGAUCCUCGUUCUCAUCGAGACGCUCGCCAUCCCCGCCCCGUCAAUGCCCCUGCCGGCCGUUAUGCCGUUGGAACCUUCACCGAAGCCUCACCCGUCGGGUGGUCUCGGCAUGAAAAAUUCCACUCUGUACGCAAAUGAGACGUUGUCUUCGUUCUUCCGGCGUCUCACUUUCACGCCCGAUGGUAGUCUCCUUCUCACCCCAGCUGGCCAAUACCAGACCCAGCAUAACUCGGAGGGCAACGCGAAGCCAACCUUUGAGGUAACUAACACCGUCUACAUCUACACGAGAGGCGGCAUCAACAAGGCGCCCAUUGCCCACCUCCCCGGUCACAAGAAGCCAUCUGUAGUUGUGAAAUGCUCGCCAAUCUUUUACACCUUGCGGACGUCACCCCCUGUGACAAAACACAUCACCAUCGACACGUCUUCUUCCGAGGAACCCAUCCCAGCCCUGCCGGAGCCCGUUGCUAGGCCUACGGGAAACACCUCAGUCAUGGACCCGCCUCCUCCGCCAACUUCAGUCCCCGAGUCGAGCCCUGCCCCGAGCAAGGCCGAGUCGACAGUUUCUACCCCUGGUCCGAAGGCCGCCUUUGCCUUGCCAUAUAGAAUGAUAUAUGCAGUUGCAACCCAAGACUCUGUUCUUCUCUACGAUUCUCAGCAGCAAACGCCCAUCUGCAUCGUCAGCAACCUCCACUGUGCUACGUUCACAGACCUGGCCUGGUCGAGUGACGGACUGACUCUCUUGGUCUCCUCGUCUGAUGGCUUCUGCUCGACCCUAUCUUUCGCACCUGGCGAACUGGGUCAAAUCUAUCAGGGAGACUUGCCCACCGCCAAGAGCCCGGCUGUGCCUGGUAACACAGCAGCGGCAUCCUCAUCAAAUCAGAACACCCCGAUUCCCACCCCAAGCUCGGCGUUCGCUCCUCCGUCCCCAUUUCCCAACGGCGGGUCGCAUCACCGAAACUCCACAAGCUCUUUUACCGCGCCAUCGCCGCCGCCUGCUGGCUUCGUCAGCCAGCGGCCCCAUUCGCCAGCGCGAUCAAACUCUACAUCAUCCGUGGCAACACAGUCAUCGAACGUGGUCACUAAUCCCUCUCUGAUUGUUGGUAGCGUGCCCGGCAUCGCGGUUGCCAACUCUACCAAAGUCACGGGAGUCCCCAUCACCACGCCGCCUGAGACGCCACGGCCCAACGCCGCGACCAACGCAGCAAGCGGAUCGGCUAGCGGCGCGGCGGCCAGCGGGACCAAGCGCGACGCCAGUGAAGGCGAAAAAGAGGAGGGCAGCGAGCCCAAGAAGAGACGAAUCGCACCGACACUGGUGGAGCAGAAGCCGUAG